AGUUACACAUUCGUCAGAUUCAGUUCUAACCGUACAGGACAUUCAACAGCACUCAAAAAUGGCCCUUCGGUUUGUAGUUCUUGCCGCCUUUGUCGCUACCGCUAGUGCGGUGGCAAUCGGAUAUCCAGCCCCGUUGGGUGCUUAUCCUGCUGUGGCUAAGGUUGCCGCACCACUGGCCGACUACGACCCUAACCCGCAGUACAGCUACAGCUAUGCCGUGUCGGAUGCUCUGACCGGUGACAACAAAAGCCAGCAGGAGUCUCGCUCGGGAGAUGUCGUGACUGGCUCGUACUCGCUCAUCGAGCCUGAUGGUACUCAGCGUGUUGUUGAGUAUACUGCCGACCCAGUCAAUGGAUUCAACGCCGUUGUUCACCGUGGUGCCGGUGUAGUUAAGGCGGUAGCCCCGGUUGCCAAAUUCGCCGCGCCACUUGCAUACCCUGCCGUCGCCAAGGUUGCGGCUCCGUUGGCCCAUCCCUACUACGGAUAAACGACUCAUCACCGGAAAUCCUGCAUAGAUACCUCCCCCCAUUGCUAGAUAUUUAUUAGCUCGUUCCAUCACUUCUUAUCCUUUCGCCUUAAACAUUCCUUAAAGCAGCUUUGCAAGCGACAGCUUCAAGCGAAUAGAAACUUUUAUGUUUGACUGUGUGACUGAAUAAAACGCAAAAAAUGGUAAAGAAACAA